GGCUUCGCCACUCGUACUGCGGUGAUCAUCCGACCAACGCGCUUUUUCGAACACGAACGGAGAUGACAGAUUGAUUUUUUUAAUCAUGUGGUUUUGGUUUCUUUGCGUGGCUUCGGCCGCGGUGUACUCGGUCGAAGGAGCGGGCGCCGGUGCCGCCCGCCUCGUAUGUUACGUUGAAGGCGCGCGCGCAUCCGAUUUUACCGAGUGCACGCAUCUCGUGUACGCGGGCGACGCUAGGGGAGACAAACUAGACUCUCUGCUAAAGGAAUAUAGGAAAGAUAACCCGAGGAUCAAGAUUCUGCUGCGUGUGACCGAAGCUGAUAAGAAACUUGAAGACCUACUCAAGUCUAAACAUGUCCAGGGAUUGGAAAUCAACGAUGCUCACCUUAGCUUCAACAAAUCUAAAGUUCUGGAGACUGUUGAUGCUGCUAGAUCCGCUAUCAACUCGAAUGGCGGAGGGCCAUUAUUCUUGGCAUUACCAGCACACCCGGAACUCCUGGCGAAAUACUACGAUCUCAGAGUUCUUAUGAAGAAAGUUGAUUUGAUGAUGGUACAAACCCACGCCUUGGGUCUGGUGAAGAAGAUGACUUAUCAUCCCAGUCGAUUGAGUGGGUUAUGGGACAUGAUGAACACGGAUUCAGUAGUGGAUCUCGUCGUCGGUUUGGGAGUGCCGGCAUCUAAAGUAGUGAUCAGUUUACCAGCAACCGCUAGACAAUUUACACUUGUCAACGAGACCCUCAGUACUCCUGGAAGCCCCACCCAAGAUGACGAUCCCAAAGAAAUCGAUCAAGCUGAACUCUGCAGACAAUUGCGAAAAGGAAGAUGGACCUUGGAAAGAGAUCAGGAUCUAUCAGCGCCUUACGCUUUUAAGGACAAAACCUGGAUAUCGUUCGAAGACGCGUCCUCAGUUGACGUCAAAGGCAAAUACGCGCGUGUCCGAGGCUUAGCAGGUUUAGCGCUGUUCAAGUCGGACCGUGACUCCGAGACUCCCUGUGGCCCGACUUUAAGGGCUGCGUUAACGAAAGUACUGAACCAGCAGAGCCGAGCGCCCAGAGCUGCUGUUCUCAGAUCGCUGGAGAACGAGAUCCUAUCGGGACCUGGCCAUAUCCGCGCGUUGGAUGCUCUCCAAGUCUCUCCGUACCGAAUCACCCAAGUUGUCGACUCCGAUGGCGUCAUACAUUCGAUUAGAGAGGACACGAGAACGGAAUUCUCCUGCACGCGUCAAGGGUACUUCGUCCAUCCUCGCUCCUGCGCCAGAUUCUAUCGCUGUGUCAAAUUCGACCAGCUGUCGCCCGAAUACACCGUUUUCGAGUUUGAUUGUCCCGCGGGGCUCGCGUUCGACUCUCGCUACGAGGUGUGCGUCUGGCCCGGCAGCUUGCCGCAUUCGCAGGCCUGCCCCGGCUCCUCCGAGAUUGCGCCUGUACCUCACUCGCGAUUCCAGUGCCCUGACCGCGAAGGAUACUACGCGGAUCCAGAGAAUUGUCGUUGGUUCUUUGCGUGUCUGGACCAUGGUAAGGCGCCUUUAACAGCUUACGAGUUCCGCUGUCCCUUCGGUCUCGGCUUCGAUGCGGCGCGCCUUAAGUGUGAAUGGCCCUGGCUGGUGCCGGGCUGCGGAAACAUUGCCAGAUACGAGGCUGAGGCGUUUGGAUUCUCGGCUGGUGCACUCUCAGGCGCAACUGGAUUCCAGGGAAAAACCGCCGACUCAGUCAACAUAGCUGCUCACCAAAGUUUGGUAUCUGGAGCGUCUUUAGAUAAUCUAGUGGGGAUUCAAACCGGAUAUCUUAGUAAAGAUGACGUCCUCGAUGGCAACUAUAUCGCUUCCCAAGAACUCUCAAAUUUAGGAUUUGCGGGACCAGGAACUUAUCAAAUAGAGGAUUUAGCUUUAGGAGGACAGGGAGAGCCAAGUGGUCUAUCUUAUAAUAUUGUAUCCGCUGAUAAUAUUAACGAAGGUUUAGUGCAAACUACAAACUACAAUGAUAAUGAUAAAUACAGUAGCGGAUCGUUAAUUCUUGAUGAUUAUAGAUUGGCCAGCAACAAGGCCAGCUCUUCAGGAACAUAUAACUCAGCACAAAGAUUAAACGCAGGAGCAGCUCAAUCAUCUUCACGAUUUAAUUCGGGAAAAUAUAGAGGCAAUAAUGCGUAUCCUGGCGCACCACCAACGUACAACGACGGAAAAUACAACAGAGGAUUUUACCGUAAAGAUAAAUCUGGUUUUUAUGUCCACAAUCCUGCUGGAGAUCGCGCUAAGCCUUAUGAACAUAUUGAUGUACCUCCCGUUCCCUACGGACACGUUGAUUCAAAAUAUAAACAAACUAGCGAGUAUGAUAUUGGCGGUUAUACAGGAACUUACGACACGGGAUCUUAUAGCCAAGAUGGUAGUGCAUCCCAUGGUUACGAAUAUCCAAAGCCUGCUAUUCAGUUCAAUGAAGGUCCUGCAGUAGGUCAAAAUAUCUACAGCAAUAAAGGUCAACUAGGAGCAUAUACAAGUGGAUCUACUGUUACUACUGGUGCUGCUUCUACUACUUACCAUGGCAGUUACAGCAACGGAGAUGCUGGGAAAUAUGUUACAAAUGGUGAAGUAUAUAACGGUGACUCACAUACUCUAACAGCAGGAGCAGUUAAUGUUGAACUUGUAGGAAAAACUUCAUUGGUUGAUGUGGAUUAUGCAAACCAAGCUAACUAUCAAGGUCAAUCGUUUAGCCACGGAGUCAUCCAUCAAGGUUAUACAGCAGCUGUGCCUGAAGUCUCUAUAAGCCAUGUUGGCACUGAUAGUCAAAAUCUUGACGGUUACAACUUGGGUACUACACCCACUUCAUCUGGCGUUCCAACAACAGCUACACCUUUGCCGGUUACUUACAAAACAACAUACGUACCAGAAGUCCCUAAAACUAGUAUUAAACAAGUUUUUGGUUACACUCAACCUGCUGUUACGUUCGUUCAACCAACAGUUGUUCCAAUCAAGCAUGUUACUUCUCAAGUGCAAGAAGCUGAUUAUAACCAAGGAUUAAAUUAUCAAUACGAAAGUAGGGAUUACUCAUCAACAUAUAAUGUUGAAUCGGGAGGACAAAGGGAUUCCACAGGUUACGAUUACACAAAACCUGUUGCUAAUGAAAAUACUGUUACAUACUCAACGGGUCUACCCACAGCCACCGUAAUAUCAUAUCAACCACAAGGAUUUGGGCAUAGUCAGCAGACUAUACAUAAAGUAGAGUCUGUAGGUUUCGAUUAUUCUACACAAAGACCUGUUACUGAACAACCAUUUAAAAAACUAGUUGCUUAUACUACAGGACCAUCAGUUUCGACUUAUGUUCAACCAACUGCACAAUCAGUAAGUCAUCAAACUAUUCACAAUGUAGCAAGUAAUACUUAUUUACCUUCGAUUGAUACGAGUGGACAAAGUGAAGUAAAAACAGCUGUAUAUUACGAAGCUCCACAAACUGUGUUACAAUAUACAACUCCUCAACCAGCUUUGUCUGUUCAACCUAUAGUAUCAACCUAUCAACCACAGACGUUCAGCCAACAGACAUUGCAUACUGUUGACACAAAUAAAUUGAACACCUAUUCUCAAGACCUUUCACAACAAGGAUAUGAAUACAAACAACCCCUUAUUCCGUUUGAAGAUUCGGUAAAAACAGUGACACAAUUUUCCACACCAGCUCCUGCUGUUUCUUAUACUCCUCAAAGUUACAGUUCACAAACAGUGCAAAGAUUUAACACUAAGCAAUAUGUAACAUCUACUGUUCGUCCAACGGUUUCAUCAAUACCAGUAACUAUUAACGAGAACCCAUUCCUGAAGUAUACAGUAAAAGCUACGCCAGAGACCUAUGUUAGUCCAACUUACAUACCUCAAUCGUAUAGUCAACAGACGGUACAUAGGGAAGACUCUAGUGGGUCAAAUAUUGGAUCCACGGGAUAUCAAUACACUUCUGAUAUUCAAUAUGAAGAACCUAGAUAUUAUACAGCACAAUCUACAUCUCAACCCCAGUCUUUCAGUCAACAAACGCUUCAUAAAGUGGAGGCAAAUAAAGUCAAUGCUUAUGAAGGCACGUCAUUUUCAGGAUAUGAUUACACUCAGCCAGCCGUGAGUUACGAAAGCACCAAGAUCGUGUCAUCGACACCUACACCUAUAAUUACUUCAACUUACAGACCGUUAUCGCACAGUCAACAAACUAUUCAUAAAGUUGAAAGACAAAGAAUUCCUUCUACAACCCCGACUUCGUCAAUUGAAUACACUUAUCAACAGCCCGCUGUAUCUAUUUAUAAAAAUCCCAUUCUUGAGUAUACUGAAAAUGUUUCCCCAGUUUCAUAUGCAGAACCUACUGCAACUGUAUAUACGCAAACGUAUAAACCGAUUCAACAGUCUAGAACAAGUUUCGCUAGUAAACCAGUUCAGUAUGAAACUUCGGCACAACAAGCAUACAUAAAUCAAGAAGGAUACUCAUACAGUCAACCCGAAAUACAAACUAAUAUUGAGACAACAAAUACUGCAAAAUACUCGGAUGCAAGCGCCGUAUCGCAUCAAGUAUUCCACCAGUCUCAGAGUACUGGAAAUACACAAUAUGAAACAGGGAAAGACGUUGUAUUUGUUUCAACAACUCCAUCUACACUAGUAUAUGAAGAUCAUUAUGCAGAAUACGAAGCUCCUAGGAAAGUGAAAACAUAUAAAGCUCCUGAAUAUAUAGCUCCGCAAAAGGAAUAUCAGCAAACAUACACUCUUUCACCUGCACCAACUGUUUAUCAACAAAGUUCUAUUGUACAUUCUCAAGACCAGUAUGAUUAUAAGCCCGUGGACUACUCUCAACAAUAUUCCAAUACCAAGUCAAUUUCUGAUACAUCGCAAAUUGUAGAAUCAGUACACUUUUCGUCAUUCCCUGAUACUAAAACAACACAAUACAAUCAAGCUGGGUAUCAAUCACCUGAAAUACAGGUAGAAUACAAAGCUGAGGAAUAUUUGCCACCUGUUGCAUCCACUGUUACACCUGUAGUGACAUCUACUUAUCGUCCACGAACAUAUUCAACUAGUACCACGAGGGAAUAUUUACCCCCUACCUCACAACCUAAGUUCAAUGCCCCUGAGUAUUUGCCACCGGAUAACACCUACGUAACACAGUCAACGGCAUCGCCUAAAUCAAAUACUUUGGAAUAUUUGCCUGCUUUGGAGGAAUCGAAUUCUAGAGUAGUCAGUUUUGAAAGCUUUGGUUAUAACCAGGGAGGUGAAACGCGAAAAACCGAUAAUAAGCUAAGUACAUAUCAGGAUUACAGUGUUCCAUCUGUCACUGUAUCUUCAACUGCUGCACCUAUUUUGAAAAAACAGAAUAUUGUUGUUGAAACAGCAAAAUCAAAUCUAUUAGGUUUUGGAACAGUUGGACCCGAUGCUGGAUUAGUUUCUACAGCUUAUACUACUUCUGCACCUGUUGUAUCAGACAAUUAUUAUUCAUCACCUCAAUUUGUUUCAUCGACUUAUGUACCAGAGGAUAUAAAGGUCACAGCCAAUGCUAGAAAAAUAACGAGGCCAAAAUAUUUAAGACCAGCAGUAAAGUCAACUACUCAAUCAUAUGUGGAAUCGACAACAGCGUAUCAAGCUCCAGAAUACUUGCCACCAGUAGAACAGGUUGCUCAAGAAAAUAUUGAUGGUUUUGAGUAUAAGAUUACCGAUGCUUCAAAAGUGAGAUAUAAUCCAUAUCAAGAACAAUCAAUUGAUAAUACCGCGUCCGUAGUAUCAACAGUUUCUACUCCCAUAAGAAAACAAAAUAUCGUUGUUGAAACAGCAAAAUCUCAGUUACUCGGUUUUGGUACAGUUGGAACCGAUGCCGGUUUAGUUUCUUCGGGCGCUUACAGUACACCUGGAUCCGUCGUGGUAUCCAAUGGUGAAUCUUCAUACUCAACAGUACCAGUUCAACAAGAAUUGGUUGAGGUUACACAAGAGGUGAGGAGAAAAUCAAAACCUAAAGUAGCUGUAGUUACAAAAAUUAACGACUUCAACCCUCUCCUUGUAAGAAAAUUAGGCGCAGUUUGUAGUUGUCAAUCACCUAUCUUAGUUCUAAAGGGUAAAAGACCUACUGUCCAAGAUCAUGAUAACGAUGAUUACAGCAAUGGUUAUGAGGACACUGAACGUGGAGACAUCAAUAGCAAUGCUUGGACAAGAAAAUCAGGCCGAAUUUCAACACGCCCAGUAUUAAAUACUGUAGCCACUGCUACGCCGAUAGUUUCCUCUACAUUUAAUCCUAUUAUUGUACCCGACGAUUCUUUCUAUCAAGAAUACCAGGAAGCCAGCAAUGAUAAUAUUGCUUUAGCACCUAUUCAAAAGGAUUAUUCCGAGAGUUUUAUUUCGAGUACACCUAUAAUUUCAACAACAGAAAGAGUUGUAAGAAUAAAGCCUCGCGUAAAAAAUGUGACCGUAGCGCCUACAUUUAAAACAAUCAUAUUGAAUGAAGAAGCCUCGUCUGACAUUGUUCAGGAAUCAGGUUCACCAGUGUCUGAAAUUGAUUCACAGGCCUUUGAUCGCUACGGUCCUGGAGGUUGGAGAAGCAGAGAUGAGACUUUACAAGGUUCGAUAGAUUGUAAGAGGGCAGGAUUGUUCCGUCACCCCAAGCAAUGUAAUAAGUUCUAUGCUUGUCGAUGGGACUGUACAAAACAAAGAUUUACGCUCCACGUAUUCAAUUGCCCAAUUCAGCUUAGCUUUGACCCUAACUUAGGUGCUUGUAACUGGCCUAGCCAGGGACCGGCCUGCCAAGGCGAUACACUUCUCACAAAUGCUCUCUGAAAAUGUAAUAUUGCAAAUGAACGCUUUUAAAUCUCAACGUGCCAUCAAAAUUGUGAUAAGAUGUGAUCACGAAUGUCCUACGAUUUUUAAAUUUUUAUUUGCGUUACUAAUAGGUUGAGUCUCUCAUUUUUUAACUCUCUAGGCUUAUUUAUUUGUUUGAUUGUUAUAAUGUUAAUUCAUAGUUAUUUAUUACUCAUGGUCUAUUGAAGCUUGUGACUGCAAAGCAAAGCAUUACUUUCGGCAUUGAUUGAACAUAAGUUACCAUUGUCUAGUUCAUUUAGUAUAUUACGUUUUGUGAAGUUGUGGAGUCAUUUGUAUAUGUUUGUAAACGCUGUAAUGUAAAUAUAUCAUUUAUUCAUGUA